UCACAUGGCAUGGCCACUGUAACGCAUGCAGACAUGGGGGAGAUCGAAAACGAACCACUGCGGCCCAAAAUCACAGAUGCCAAGGGGAUUCUCAAGCAGAACAGAGAGUUCCUUGACUUCUUUUGGGAUAUUGCAAAACCCGAACAAGAGAUACGACUGAAAGCAAUCGAAAAUCUCAUUCAGUAUUUGAAAAAGAGCGAAAAGCCGGAUGAAUUGAAGUACACACUGAAGAGACUGGUGGAUGGACUGUCCCACACGCGGGAGACUGCCCGUCCGGGGUUCAGCCUGGCCCUGGCACAGGUCCUGAGUGUGUUUGAGGAGAUCUCGCUACAGACGGCAUUGGGAAACAUCAAGGAAAAACACGACCCACAGAAAACGAAGAAGAAAUUGAUCAGAAAUGCAGUGUUUGGGAACUUCUUUGGGGUGCUGGCCCUGUCCCAGUCAGGGCGACUACCAAAGGAGCCCCAGGUUGUUUUGGAGUGUGUCCAGCUCCUGCAGAGUCUGGCUCAGUACAGAGAGCACCUGAAGGAUCUACCCAGGAAAACCAUGGUGGACAUUCUGUCUGAGACCACGGAGGAGGUGUUUGAGGAGGUGCUGCUGGGAGCGCUGCAGAGUGACCUGUCUUCGGCCUUCAGCACCCCGGAGCAGCUGCAGCUCCUCCUAGUGGCCAUGCAGAGAUUCCCUGCCGUGCUCAAGCCCAAGAAACUCAAGAAGCUGCUGGGGAGUGCCACCGUCAUCACCCAAGAUAACAUUCCAAAGUUGAUUGAGGUGUUAAAGAUGGCUGCCCGCUCUGUGAAGAAAGACCGUGUGCUUCCAGCUGUGGCCCUAGACCUGCUACAGGUGGCUCUCAAGGAGGACAGUUUUGAGCUCUUCUGGAGAGAGGUUGUGGUUAAUGGAAUGCUUUCUGACCAGUCAGGGCCCAGCAGUUACAUGUGCUACCGGCUGUUGGGCAGCGCAUUUCCCCUGCUCUCCCUGGCACAGCUACACCAGGUGCUGUCUGGAGAGGUGAUGAGGCAUUAUGGGGAACAUGUCGUCUCCGCUCAGCUGCCCGACCGCUUCAAGUUCGCCCCAGAGAUGGAGACCUAUGUGGGCGAGUUCCUGCAGGGCUGCUCCGAUCCUGAGAAACAGCUGGCUGUAAUGGUGGGCUUCACCAAGCUCACCAACCAAGGCUACCCCGUGGUGCCCAGCUUCUGGAAGGUGGUGCAGCACAUGGAGCAGUCUGCCCUGCAGAGCUACGUGGACUGGCUGAAGGAGAUGUUUCUCCGCCCACAGCUGGAGUCAUGUCUGGACUUCAGCACCCGCCGGCAACAGGAGAACCAGGAGUCCGGAGUCCAGAACGAGCACUGUGUUUUCCGCCUGCGCAAGUGGAUCAUCCCGCGCCUCACUUCCAUCGUGGAGAACAACCAGGUGAAGAAGGAGGAGGACCUGGUGAUGGACGUGGCCAGAUUUGUUUUCUUCCAUGCGUUCUUCGAUUCCAAAAAGGCCACGCCUGACAUCCCAGAGUCACAGGGUGUCCUGUCACCACCCUUCAAUGAGAAGACCCGUGCAGUCAUAGUCAACUCCUUUUUUGGGCUCCUCCAACACCUCAACCAUCGGCCCGCCGCGGGCCACACCCCUGAGACGCCAGCCACCAAUGAGAAGCGCAUCCAGGGGGUGACAGCUGAUGGCACACUGUGGAUCUACUCCCUGGUGCAGUACGCCAACACCCUGCUGAGCCAGACUAAAUACGCGCAGUGCGCACAACCCUUCACUGCGGACCAGACCGAGGCCUGGGACAGGAUGGUGGCGUCUGUGGAGACACUUCGAAAGAAGGCGAAGAAGGCCCAGACGGCAGAGACCUCAGCCUUCCAGCAGCUGUUCCUGCUUGUGGGCAUUCAACUCUUCAAGGCACCAGAGGAGAGUGUGGACUUGAUGCAGGAUCUUCAGAACUGUCUAGAAAAAGCCCAGGAAAAGAAGUCCAAGAAGAAGAAAAAGGCAGCUGCAGAUGGGGUGGAGGAGGACGAGCCACAGUGGGUGGAGGUGGUGGUGGAGAUCCUGCUGUCCCUCCUGUCCCAGCCCAGCCGCCUCAUCAGGCAGGUCUGCCGGACCGUGUUCGGCGGCAUCUGUCCCCACGUCACCCAGAGAGCGCUCGACGCCAUCUUAGACGUUCUGGAUCCACACAAGGACGAGGAGGAAAGUGCAGUGGUGGUGACAGAUGAGAAAGAUGUGGGCAAAAUAAGAAGAAGAGAUCAGGAGGAAGACGAUGAAGAGGAGGACCAGGAAGAGCACGAUGAGGGCUGCGACUUGUCAGAGGAAGACUCUGAUGAUGACGCCAUGGAGGAGGAUGAAGAGGUAGAGGAAGAGGAAGAGGAGGAGGUGGAUCAGAACUUCCGCCUGGAGCUGAUGAAAGUUCUGCAGGGCCAGAAUGCUUUGGCCACAGAGGAGGAUGGCAGCGAGGAUGAGGAGCUGGACGACGAGGCCAUGAUGAAGCUGGACAGCAGCAUAGCCGCGCUCUUCUCCGAGCAGAAGAAGAGGAUCCAGGCCAAGAAGGACGAGAAGGAGAGACUGCGCAAGGAGAAGGCGCUCGUCAGAGAUUUUAAAAUCAAGGUGCUGGACCUGGUGGAGGUGUUCCUGGCGAAGCAGUCAGAAAGCCCGCUAGUGCUGAGCAUCAUCGAACCCCUGCUGGGCGUCAUUGAGAGCGGCAUGAGCUCCGACACCAACCAGCAGGAGCAGGACUUCCUCCGCAAGACCGCCGACAUCUUCAAGAACCAGCUGUGCAAGGCCAAGCGCUACUGCAGGAGUGUGGCGGACAAGCAGGAGGAGCUCCACGACAUGAUGGAGAGAGUGCUGACCAGGGCCCAGAGGCUGAACGACUCGUCUGUCUCGCUCUACUACUUCAGUGCGUCUCUUUACCUGCUGAAGGUCCUGAGAGGCCACAUCGCGACUGCUGCAGCCCCCUCUGAGGGGAAGAAGGAGUCUGUCUCUGUGGAGCAGGUUGGGGCCAUGGGCAGUGUGGACGUGGAGAGGGUGACGUCCCUCUUCAAGGAGGCGCUCCGAUCCUUCAUGACACGCAGGAAGAGCGCUCUGUCGGGGGCCAUGUUCAUCGACCUCUUCACCAGAUUCCCAGCGUUAUGUGUCCGACUGCUGGAUACUGCAGUGGAAUACAUCACAGACGGAGUGAGGGAGCACCAGCAGGGGCAGGCCUGUGCCAUAGUGCUACGGGGUCUUCAGACAAAGGAGGUGCGGCUGCUUAUGACCGAUGCCCAGUGGGCAGAGCUCUGUGAGAAGACCGUGGGGCAGGUGGCAGAGAGCCUGAAGUCUGUCGCCAGCUAUAAAGUUAAAGUAGUCCAGGAGAAAGUGGCCAAGGCCCUGGAGCUGAGCCAGCUCCUCAUCCGCUCCAUUCAGCAGCAGAAACUGCAUAUGAACCUGCAGCCACUGAAAGAUGUGUUGGAGCCCAUGAACCAGCUGGAGGGCUUCCGCAAGACAGGACAUAUGGAGGACACCUACUGGGGCGUGAUGAAACAUUUUGGAGUCCUCAAGCCAAAAGUGGAGAAAACAAAGAAGGCUGGAGAGGAGCAGGGAGCCCAGAAAACCGCCCCGAAGAAAAAGAAAGGCUUCCUGCCUGAAACCAAGAAAAGGAAAAACCGGAAGAAGCCGGCGGUUCUGGAGGGGAAGGAGCCAGCAGUGCAGGAGGAUGCUGGAGCCGGGGAAACGGGAAAAAAGAAGAAGAACAAGAACAAAAACAAGAAGAAGAGGAAGCUGGAGGGUGGAGGAGAGGAGCCCGGGCAUGCCGCCCCAAAAAAGGCCAAGGCCCAGCCUGCGGGCAAACCGAAGAAGCAAAAGAAGAAGAAACAAAAGCAAGCAGGCGGUGAAUAAACGACAGAACGCCCUCACGGACACUGUUCAGACACCCUGAGCUUGAAGGGCAUGGGCUGUUCUCCUCGUUUUCCUUUUUUUUAAUCUUGCUCUGUGAAGAGCUCCUGGUUAAGACUUUAAAGGACAGGCCCCCUGAAUCUUAGUGAGGGGAGUUUAAGCCCAGAGCUUAUCUUGUUAAUGUUUCAAGGCCUUUCUGGCCUGCUCUGUCUCCUCUGUGUCUGAUGUCACAGCGCCUCCGCAGGUUUGCAUGCCUGCUGGCCCUUCUGAAUAAGAAACAGGUGGUCUUAAAUUAAAUAUUCUUUUACUAUGUGAUGGCUGUGGAUUAUUUUAGAAUACAGUUUGUUUAUGCAGAAUUGCAUUUUCGCUUACAAGUUUAUGAUUGCUACUCAUACUUGAGCAGCACUCAUACUAAGGCAGCCAAACUAGCUGAUAAUGAUUUGAUGUGCACAAAUGUCUGAACCCUUUACCACUAGAGGGUGUCAUUGACCCCCCACAGUUAACUGAAAUGUCCCUUUCUCCCUCACAAGCAGUCAGUUCA